GCUCUCCGCACGUGACAAAGAAACAUAACUGGGAGUGGGGAUUUACGUCUAGAUAGAAGUCAGGAAAAACAUUGUUUAUCAGUAGAUUAGCGUUAUUUACAUAAAAAGAAAUAUAAACAAUUUCUUAUUAGUGAGUUACGAUAAAGUGUAUCGGAAUGCCAUGAAUUUUCUUUGUGUCUACUAAAUAUUUAUCUUCGAAGAACGCAACGAGCGCAACCCUGAUCUGUCAUCGGGUAUAUAUUUCCUAUCUAACGUCAUGAAGUGAAAAUUGAUAAACAAUUAUCGACUCUAAUAGUGUGUUCAAAUUCAGGGAAAUAUAAAAUGAGAUCGUUGUGGAUUCAAGUGGUAUUAUUUUUUGUGUACGCGGUGCUUCUUUUCUUUGUGUCCCGAAUAAUAGAUUUAGUACUAUGGUAUAACCAAGGAAUGCCUUCUACCCAAAUCGUAGAUCCCCUACUUCUCAGUGUACGUCAGUUAAAGCAGCUUUUAGAAAAUAGAGGUGUAAGCUAUACAGGUUAUAUUGAAAAGAAAGAACUAGCCCAAUUAGCUGAAGAAACUGCACACAUAGUACAAGGAGAAGUAGAUGAAUUGAGUCACAGUCAGAAUGGUCAAGGAGGUGACACUGCAGGUAGAGACCGCCUUCCAGUUCCUCCUCCUCCAUCAUAUUUCACUGGAGGAGCCCACUUUUAUGAAGAGGUGGAAGACACAAAAGAUAGUGUUUGGCUUGUCCAAGUUGUGCCUGCAGGGAAUAACGAACCUUUAUUGGAUGACUAUAGUUGGAGAGUAGUUUGCAAUCAUGUAGCACCAUUGGCCAUACGCACUGGAAUAUUUGACUGCAAAUUAGACAGAAGAUUAUGCAGUAGUAAGGGUUGGCAUCAUCCUCUGUUGCUUUUAGCCCUGCCAAAAGGAACAAGAGCUAAAGACAAAGUGAUUUUAAAGACCUUUUCAGCAACAAGGCCCCAGUCAAUUAUUGAAUGGGUACGUGACCAACUUUCAAUUCGUGUAAAAACAGUGGAGAAUCUUCAAGAAUUAGAAGAGCAAUGGUUAAAUGAAAAUAUUACUCAAAACUCUCCAUCUUGGUCAAAAAGAGGAGUGAAAGUUUUAUUACUGACACACCUACUUCAUCCACCUUUGUUUCUUGCUGCUUUGAGUAUUAAAUUCACUGGUCGCAUUAAAUUUGGAAUGUUUUCUGUUAAAAAACAUGAUCCUGAGACUUUGAAAAAAAUAAAACAAAUGGAUGUUAAAGUUCCUAGUUACAUUGUGAUUACUCCAGAACGUAAAAUAAUAUAUGGGAAAAGAAAAUUUGAACAUUUUAAUUUUGAUUCUAUGAAUAGAUUUCUUCGGGCUGUUCAACCUGAAAUGAAUGAUACAUUUCUGUUGAGCUUGAGUUUUGUGAAUCUUUUGGUUAUUUUACAAAUAUUCCAGGUUUCAGUGCACAGGAGAUGGAAACACAUUGCUCGUUGCAUUUGGACUCUAAUUAGCUACAAUUUCUGGCUUUUUGUCAUCUGGCUUAUCAUCCUUGCUAUAUGCAGAUUUUCUAUUGUGAAUUUUGCAACUGACAAAUGUUUGGUUCUAGUUAGAUUCAUUAGUCUUUCUGACAUUGGUUCAUUAGUGCGCUCAGAUUGGCAAUUACUUCAGAGCCAUCCUUCCAUUUUAAUAUUAUCCCUCUUUUUUUAUGGUGCACUUUCUGCUUGGCUUCUUAGAUCCCGUUGUCCUGAUGAGCCUGUGACCCCUAGUGAACCAAAUCAACCAUGGUGGGAAGUUUUGCCAGUUGAUUCGUAUUGGAUCAAUUGUUUAUUUCGUCCUAUGGCCACCCUUUCAAGGCCACUACCACCCAGUGAAUUAGAACUGGAAGAAGGAAUAGAAAUGCUUAUAGAAAGACUAGCAGUUCCAAAUCUCUGGUUGCAUCCAGUUAUACCUACUGAGUAUAUAAAAGAUUUACCUGUAUGGAAAUUUAGAGGCUGGGAUAUUAAGAAGUCAAAAUCAUAUGAUAAAAAGGAUGUAAAGGAAAUUACUUGUGACUCACCUGAGAUUCUACAAAGGCUCAUGGAUUAUGAAGAUCCUUCUUCUGGAAACAGAGUUAAUUAUGAUGUUUGUAAAAAUUGCAUGAAGGAAAAACUUAAAAUUAGGCAUGCUAAUACUUGUAAUAAUAAACAUCCAAACAGAGGUUUAUUGAAAGUUAACAACUGUGUUGGAGGCACUAGUUCAGUAGACUGUGUAAAUAAACCAAGUAGUACUAGUAGAUGUUCUGACAGACAACGUAGAAAUAAAAUUAGUGAACCUACAUGUUCUAUACCUUCCGAAGUCAUAGACUGCUGUAAUUGUGAAAUAUUAACAAGUGCUGACCCAUUGCCAAUGUAUAAAUGCGACUCAGAAGUGGAACAUAGGUUUGAGAGAGAUUGCUCAACAGGUGUUUCUGAAGAUAGCAGUGAUGAAAGUUGUUCUGUCCCAUCUGGUAUGCUUCCAACUUCUGAAUGUGCAGUAUGUUUGGAAUCUUACGCAUGGGGAUCACUACUCUGUGGACUCCCAUGUGGCCAUAGUUACCAUCAGACAUGCAUAAUGUUGUGGCUUCAGAGGGACAAUCAUCAUUGCCCAGUGUGUCGAUGGCCUGCAUACAAGAACAAGAUUAGUUCAGCACAUUUACAUAGAGAAUAACUGCCUAUGUAUUCCAAAUGCUUGCCAUACUUUUCUUGUCUUUGUUAAGAGAGUAUGUAAUACAGCAAUAUUAAUGGUAUUCAUUAAGUGAACAUUGUUAUCAUUCUGAAAAGUACAAGAAGUGUAUUAGACAAUUGUAAAUAGGAUAAAAAAUAUGUAUAUUAAUAUAAAUCAAGAUAUUAACUAGUUUGCAGCAACUGCAAUUCUUUGAAUUAGAUAUUUUUUCACUUGCAGAAAUUUACUUUGUAAGUUACAAUGUUUAUAACAUAUGUGGAAGUUACUUUAUUCAAAGGUAUUCAUUCCACAAUGAAGAAAAGGAGACUAAUGAAAGUUUUUUAGAAAAUGUAUAAGAAAUCAUUGAAAUGAUUUUCUUUUGUUAUAAGUUUUUAGUACCUUCAGUAUAAUUGAAAGUAUAUUUUGCUUCCUACAAAUGUGGAUGCUCCUUUCCUCCUUUUAUAAUUGCUCUGCUCUGAAAGAAAAAAGUAAAAUAGACCAUUGAUCAAGUGUUCCUUAAUCAUUGCUCAGAACAAUUUCAUGCAUUUCUUUCAUUCCAAAAUUAAUAGGUCUUUUAGCAAAGUUCUUUCUAUAGGCAUUCCUUUUACACCUAAUGCUUCGUCAAUGUUCCAAAAACGAAAUUUUGAGAAAUAUCAUUCCAUAUUAUCGUAACUACUUGUGUUUUGAAUGAAAUGUGACCAUUUGUUAUUAGCUACUUUCAUUUAAACAAAUGAGUGACAUGCUAGAGUGCAUUCAUAUGAUGAUGUACUGAUGUACUAAAAGAAGUUACAAUCUGUAAAAUUCUCAACUUCUUAAUAAUAAUAAUAUUACUAUUAUUAUUAUUGUUAUUAUUCAUAAUAUAAUUUUAUGUGAUAAUAUACUUUUUAUAGUUGUAAGUUUUUUCUCUUUCUUUUGGUGAUCCGAUGUUAUUUCACCAUUUAUGGUUUUGCAUAAUUGUACUGAGGAAAGAAUUUCUUUGAUAUGACACGAUUGUCAGUGCUCAUCAAUUAGCAACUUGUUUGCUUGAAUUAUAGCUGUUCUUGCAGCUUCAUCUUUUAAAUUUUUCUUGAAUUAUUAAAUAAAAUAUUCUGACACUUGUCCUCUCAAUCUUAUGUGAUCUCACCUUAAAGUAAUAUUUUAUAUCUACUUGUCUGUUCUCUGGUGAAGGUGUGAUUGCAUACUUCUGCAUUCUUUCUUAAAAAUAUUUCCACAUUCAUCUUUAAGUUUCCAUAUUUAGUUUUGCUAUUGUACAAUAUUUCACUUGCUAAUAAACAAAAGCAAUUGCUUUGUGGAGUGUUUUUUCUUCUUACCAUCUUUCCCAACAUACCAGA